UGUGCUCUUGGGAUAAAAGGCAAUGGUAAUGACUCACAGUAAAUAAUAAGAGAUGACAUGUAGCCAGGAUGCUUGGUAACUAUCCCGUAUCUACGGUGGGGAUCGCUUUAUUGUAAUGUAAACGAUGUAAUAAGAAUGACGAAAACUCAUUUCUCGGAAAAGCUCCAGGGGAAAAGCUCCAGGGGACGCCAUUAACUCUGAUUUUACCGACGUUUUACGAUUCUCGACCAUUUAAAGAUGGGCUGCAGAUUUUUCUCACUAGUUAUGCUUACAACACAAAUUUUUCGUCUCGAGGCUUCUACUAUCACGCCUUCUACCGGCAAUUUGUCUCCUGCAAUGAACACGACAGCGCCAUCCACUCUAGGCUCACCAGGUACCAGUCUCUUCUCGACGCCAUCGAUACAGGCAACCCACUCAUCCUCUAUUAAAACAAGGGACGCCUCUUUAUCGUCGUCUUUGAUGCCAUCCAUCAGAAGUGUUGUCGUCACCGAGAAAACGACAUUUGCAACAAGUAUGAACACUAAGGCAUUCAACACAAUGACAAACACCAUGACAACAACAUCAAGUUUUACAUCCAAAAGCGAGACAAGAGAAUCGGUAACACACAGUAUGUCACGCUUUCCGGCUUACCGCACUGUGAACCCAACGCCUGUCACGCAAUCUCCAACUUCACAUAGUCAUGAAAGUAUCAAAACGAGCUCAUCAACCAAAAAUAUACCAGCAAGCAAAUCGCAGACAUUAUCGACCAGAGAGACGGUAGCAAGCGAAAUAAUGCCAACAAGUACACGGACCACAACGUCACACGUUGUCAUGCCAACGACGCAAGUACUUCCCAGCUGGACCAACUGGACGACGGAACCGAACUGCGAGCGCAAGUGCUGUGGAAUUGGAGGAGAGGUCACUCAGACCCGCGCAUGUAUCAUUGCUACAAUCACGCUGACCAACACUACGACAGGCGCAUGUGCACCUUUGACGCAGGAGGUUAAGUGUGCAGUGGGCUGCCCGCAAUGCGCAUCGGGUACGAAGCUUGAGCUACACGUCUCGGUUGUAUUUGUCUGCGUGAUUAUCGCAAUCAUUACACAGUACAAGUUCAGUGGAUAGUUGGCGUUGAGACAUGCUCGAGGAUCCAGCGUACUUUGCGGACGUUUUUUUAAUAGUAUAAAGCGUGCACACCAAGUUCUAUUUUUUUUAGUUUAGAAAAUGUAUUUGAUAUUUAUAAAAACAAUAAUGCAGUAAUACUAUAUUCACCAGCCACAAAAUGAUUAAGGUAAAAGUGUACUUGUAGUGAGAAUAAAUAAAAACAAAUACAUUA